AUGUCUCCCCCGAACUCAACUCCGCAACACGAUGCAGCCCAAGACAGCAACGCCGAAGCGAAGCUAGAGAAGGUCGAUGACCAACAAGAUGUGGCCACGAUGAACGAGAGCGCGCCUCUAUCCGGACAGGCCACAGAUCCAACGGAUUUGGCAGACGACACGAAUACCACGACCGGCGCGGGGCAGCCAGUCGAGAUGAAGGCCCAAGACGAGGGGCACGUAUCGAAGGAAGGGUCGUCGGAGAUGGUAGAGAAAGUGCACGAGACCCCGGAGGAGUCGAAGGCGACCCCCGCUGGUGCAGAAGUGGACCAGAGUAAAGAUAUGGAGGCUGUGCAGACAUCGUCUACGGCGCCAAUCGAGGAGCUCACCACCAAGACAGAGACUGUAGCGCUGGACCGCGCAUCAACACCACCACCUGAGCUCAGCGAGAAAUCGGCAGGCAAAGCACCUAUACGAUCACCUUCGCCUCCCCCUCCACCGCCCAAAGACGACAGAUACCUCACGACGAGUAACGUACCUAGCCGAACUACUUCCCCAAUGUCGCAAGAACGAUCAAGUGGAAGAAAUUCCGAAGACGCUGCGGCUGACGACUAUGCUGCGAACCAUGACGGCACAGGAGACGCUGUAGAUAACUCGCGGGAGGAGAUACAGAGCAUCAUGGAUCAGUUCGAGGGGGAUGGUGGGCCUGGCGAGACUGAGAUCAUGUCUCCCAGACUGGAGAUAGCGACCCCCAUGUUAGAGUCGCCUUCAACUCCCUACCCACCCCGAAGGUCAAGUCUUGUGCCGCUCGACAAGCCCUUGCCUAUUCCGGCCGACGAUGCGGCUUCGAUGACUUCACUUCAGUCUCCACCUCCUCGCACUUCCUCUCUACACCGCGUUGGCACUGGUACCUCCUUUGCAGAACCGACCUCGCCCAGCGCACAUGCUUCCAAGUACAAGCCAGCGCAGCCAGCACCAGAGCCUGAGCCAGACCUACCCUUCGACUUCCACCGCUUUCUCGAACAGCUCCGUCACCGGACCGCAGACCCUGUCGCCAAAUUUUUGCGCUCUUUCCUCUUGGAAUUCGGGAAGAAGCAAUGGAUGGUACAUGAGCAAGUCAAGAUUAUUGGAGACUUCCUCGAAUUCAUCAGCAAGAAGAUGGCACAAUGCGAGGUAUGGCGGACGGUGUCCGACGCCGAGUUCGAUAACGCAAGAGAAGGCAUGGAGAAACUAGUCAUGAAUCGGUUGUACACUCAAACAUUCUCGCCCGCAAUCCCGCCUCCAGAGCCUGCAUCACCACGCAAAGGUCGACGGAGACAAGAGCCGCCAGGACCAGGCCGAAGAGGUCAGCAUCAAGAAGACGUAGAGCGAGAUGAGGUCUUGGCGCAGAAGGUGCGGAUAUACAAAUGGGUCAGUGAAGAGCACUUGGAUAUCAAGCCUGUAGGUGACAAGGGCAAGAAGUUUCUACAUCUGGCCCAACAAGAGCUGUUGAAGAUAAAGAGCUAUCGAGCACCCAGAGACAAGAUAAUCUGUAUCUUGAACUGUUGCAAGGUCAUCUUUGGAUUCUUGCGGACAUCAAAUUCCGAUCAAUCUGCCGAUGCCUUCGUACCGCUUCUCAUCUAUACGGUACUGCAAGCGAACCCCGAUCAUCUUGUCUCGAACGUACAAUACAUUCUGCGGUUCCGUAACCAGGAUAAGCUUGGUGGAGAAGCAGGUUACUACAUAUCAUCCUUAAUGGGCGCCAUCCAAUUCAUCGAAGGUCUUGACAAGACCUCUUUGACCGUGACUGAUGAGGAAUUCGAGAAAAACGUUGAAGCGGCCGUCUCAGCCAUCGCUGAACGCCAUGCAGCCGAGGAAGCCGAAUCCUCGUCUUCAUCUGCGUUACUACACCCUACUGCGCCUAACCAUAAACGUAUGCCCUCACCUCACUAUCAUCACAUAGCGGAAAAGACGACACCAUUACGGCCGGAACUCACACAAAGAAAUUCGAUGGAGGCAGAGACUGCAGGGCCACGACGGUCGACCAGUCUAAAGGAUCGCAAGUCUGAGGCGGAGCAGCCAGAAGAAGAGAAUGCCGCUGUCGCAGGCCUAUUGCGCACAAUACAACGGCCACUUAGCACUAUUGGUCGUAUCUUCUCGGACAAUGAUACCCACCAUCCAUCUGGACCUGCGUCAGCCCAGAAACCGCAUUUACCGCCACGCGCGUCAACGGAGUUUCCCGGUCAGGUUCCUCAGUCUAACAUGAACGAGAAGCAACGACCAUCGCAUGAGGACGACCGACAAAGGCAGAGGUUGACGGCAGAAGAUGUCGCUGCGCGACAGGCGUCAGCUGAAGCAGAGGAAGCGAGGCGCAUACAACGUCAGGAACACAAGGUCGUAGUCGAGACGCUGACAGGCAUGUUUCCCCAGCUGGACCGGGAUGUCAUCGACGACGUGGUGCGGCAGAAGGAGGGUCGGUGA